UAUUACGCGUCUGCAUUCGUGUCAGCUGUGGACGUUUUCCCUCUCACGGAUUGCAAACAAAUCUCACGCACAAGGAAGGCGUCGCGUCCCCCAGCCUUCCCUUCCCUUCGCUCUGCGCGCUUUCGGUGCAGUCCGCGCCCGAGCAGCGCGAGGGGAAACGCGACAACUGAUCAUAAAUGAGACAGGAGGAAAUCCUGCAGCGAAAGUAAACAGGGCUGGUUUGAGGUAAGGUGUUCGAGCUCAGCGUGGAGAAACAAGGGAGGGAAGAUAGGAGCGAGACCCUGAGCUGCAGAGAGUGUGCUACCUCGCCUCCAUGUCUUCACCUGUCAAUAAAAGAUCUACGCCUGGGACCCGCAGAUUCAAUCCUCUGAAGGCCCUGCAGCCCAAAUGGCGCUUGCAGCAAAUACUGUCCUCUCCUGCUGCAGCCCCUCCUUUUGACUAUUGCAGGUUUAUAGAGCUAGACUACACACCCAUGGAGGCAGGCAUUAUGGUCUCUAUGAGGCAGAGCCGAGGAUUUGUGACACCCAGGUCUCCAGAGCGCCACUGUCGGCGGAGUCCAGCACCUGUCAGUAACCGUGAUCCCUAUGGCAAUGCUUCUCUCAGCAGCAGCAGCAACUCAGGAUCAUGCAAGGGGAGUGACUGCAGCCCCACCUCCAGGCGUCACAUGAAGUACACGUCCUGCACGGAUAAUCACGGAAUUAAACCACCUCCUCCUGAGCAGUACCUGACCCCUCUGCAGCAGAAAGAGGUGUGCAUCAGACAUCUGAGGGCAAGGCUCAAAGAGACAGUUGAACGACUGCAGGACAGAGACACCGAGAUAGAUGAGUUGCGGACUCAGUUGUCCCGGAUGCAGGAGGAUUGGAUCGAGGAGGAAUGCCAUCGUGUUGAGGCCCAACUAGCCUUGAAGGAGGCACGUCGGGAGAUCCAGCAGCUGAAGCAGGUCAUUGAUGUUGUACGCUCCAGCCUGGGUGAGGCAGACUCGGGAGUGCAGAAGUGCUUCCAAGACAUCAAUGUGCAGAACCACAAGUUGGAGACCCUGCUGCAAAGCAUGGAGCUGGCACAAGCCGGAGUGGCAAAAGUUACGGAGGCCCCAAAUGGAGGUGGGGCGGUGGGGGCAGGGCCGUGGGUUGGUGAGGGGUCGGUGGGCUCUUGUGAAGGCUCACCGGCCCGCUCAGUAACCCGCAGCUCUACCUACACUAAACUGAGUGAGAUGGCACCACCCGAACGCAAUGAAAGUGGCAGUGGCUCAGACGUGCCGUGCUGCCUGUCGGCCGAGGGUACUCAAGACAGUGGCUUUGUGUGCUGUGGGGAGAUGGAUGGGGGUGGAGCCACACGGGCUGAGCUGCUGCUGGAGGCUGCUUGCCUAUCAGAGGAAACCGCAUCGCUGCUGAGUGCUUGCUCACGCUUGCCCCACUCAGCAACAUAUGAGGCACUGUGCUGUGGAGAGACACGUAUGUUGCCACUGCGUUGCAGCCUGGGUAGAACUGCCGGAAGAGAAGUAGCCUUGAGCAUCAGCAACCCCUGCCUGUCGCAUCACCACCUGUACCUGCACCACCUGCGAGAACAAGCAAUUCAGACAGAAUAUGAUUCUGGACCAGCCUCAGCCCCAGUCCAUGGAGCUGCUUUUGGCUCUGACUUGGACACUAUUGCUGAGGUUCGCACUUUCCGCUCUCAGGCCUGCAGCCCCACCUCCACCUGGCUGUCAGAUGAGGGUGACGAUCUAGACUCCGUCACCACCGAGUCCGUCAUCACGGCCACAACUGGUGGGAAAGGUGUUUUCACAGAGACACAGGUCUCCACUGAGUCAGCCCUGGCGCAAGGUGCCACCGAGUCUGCUGUGAUGAUGACUGUUGAUGAUUCUUUGUCUGUGUUACCCACUGCAAAAGCUGUGCCAGAGACUGAUCCUGCAAAAAAUCCAUCCCCAGGCCCUGACUAUGCCUCCUGCCAUGUGCCAGUGACACCAUCAGUGGAGAACCGAGACCCCAUCCCACAGACCACCCAGCCACAACGUGUAGCCUCUGAGGCCAACAUCAGUGGGGUCACUGUUGUAGAGGUGAAUGAGGAUAAUGAUGAAAAUCAAGAAGAAGGAGCAGAGAGUACAACAAGCUCUGGCUGUGGGGUGCCUGUAAAGAGCUACUGGAGCCGCCAUUUUUUAGUGGAUCUCUUGGCUGUGGCAGUGCCAGUGGUACCCACAGUGGCGUGGCUGUGUCGAGGCCCACGGCGUGCAGACCAGCCCAUGUACCACAUUGGGGCAUUGCUGCGCGGUUGUUGCACUGUAGCCCUGCACUCCCUGCGCCGAGGGGGGGGUCUGCGCCAUUACCCUGCAGGGGGAGGGGGGCCAGGAGGCAUAAAUAUAUGAGAUCAAACCUUGAGCACCAGAGAGAUCCUCAAGCUGCUCACAGUGCAGUUUUCAGAUCGGACUAGCAGAUUGCGGGGUGCUAAAGCAGAGCAGUUGACGGCAGGUCAGGAGGCAAGAUUAGCACAGCACCCUGGUCAUAAGAUAAAUCCUAACCAUCACAGCUCUAGUCCUGAUAUCGUAUAUAGUCCUGAUAUAGGAUGAAAGAAAGUGGGAGAAGUGUUUUACCAAUAAAUCUUUAUUGAAAACUUGUCGGUCCUUUCUGGUUUUAUAAAACGGUAAACCCUUUAAUUUCGAAACCUCAUAUGUUACCCUGUUUUCCGCAAUUAGUCGGCAGGACCGGAAGCUGCUGGUGAGGAGCGAGGAAAAUAAAAUGUCUUCCUGUCUCCUGAGCCCAUGAUGUACUCUUCUGGUCAAAUUCAAUAAGGUGGGGCUUGAAAAAACUAUAUGUGAGUGUUAAUACAUGUGAGUUUGUGUUUGUGUUGUGUUAUCGUGCACUGUAGUUAAAGCACCUGAACAACUGGGCAUGAUCAUUGCUGCAGCAGUUGUAGGUGCAUGGUUAGUUCUACCCAUUAGAGUACUGCUAAUCUAUUUAUAAGCUUCACAUAGACAUAGACUGGUGUUCAAGGUGGCUUCUCCUGCUAGAAUGUAAUCCAUAGGCAAAAAAAGUACAUACAACAUAUUAGCUUUAUUGUGGUAUUCUAAACCAAAAUGAGUAUAAGUGCAAAUUUACUUUCAGAGGACUCUAAAUGGGUUAAGAAUCAAAGCAUUGAGGGAUGCAUGGAGAACAAGCAAUCAUACAAUGUUUAUAGUAAUAAUAAUGCUACGUAAUUAUGACCAGAAUUUAAGAACAUGUCUGCGUGAGAGUUUUGUAGAGGUACAUUUCAUUCAUGUUUCUUUUGCACUUGUCAAUGUUAGUAGUCCCUGUACUCUAGCUAUACUGGUAGAGUCUCAUUUCUUUGUGUUACUGGAGUGUCCCCCAUGGAAAUGGUCCUUUUGACUGAAUCAGCUCUAUAUGGCGAGGCAUUUCCUGAUAUCACUUGCACUACAAUUCACUUUAUCACAAAUUUACUUGAAGUUUAGUGUGUAUGCAAUGUUUAAUGUUCCUAUUUCAGAUAUUCACAGAGCUCCCAGGCUGUACCCCGCUGACCCAGUCAUGUACACUUCUGGACUGUAGGUGUGUACAUAUUCUUAAUAAUGUACAAACAAGUGCAGCCGUAAGUGCUAAUCUGAAAUAAAUCACUGGGAUAGUGAGUUAAUAUAACUAGAAAUUGCUGUUUUAUUCUUGUGAAUGUCCUGUAUCUUUGAUUACAAGCAUCAUUAGUUGCCUUUUAGCUGUACGGCUCCCGUGUGCGGAGUCACAGCCGUCAGCUGGCUUUUAUGUAUUGCGAUGUACGUUCACAUGUACACUGUGUAGCUAACACGUUUUUUCUAGCUGUUCUUGUUUUGUUAUUCCUUCUAAAACCCACAUGACAAUCUUUGUGUUGUACAUUAUGUAUUGAAAAUGUUCACAGACCUGGCUGUUUUAGCACUCGUGUAUGAUUGUAUGACACUGAACAUGUGGCAUAUAUAUAUAUUUCAUUUGGUUUUAAGAAUGUAUCAUUUCUAUUCUAUUUUAGGUUGCGAUAAUGUUUUAGAUAAUGAUCGCGUGGCCUUUGUGUAUUAUUUGUACCGAAACGGUCAAAGGAUGUUCAUGGAAUGCCAUUUUGGUCCAUUUUGGACAGCAAUCCAUUACCUCUAAUUUCUUAGCUUCUAAAGAGCCAUGUAAAAUGAUCUUCGAUGCUGGUGAUAGCAGAUUGAAAGCAAGAGGUUGAAUUACCUUGAACGUUUUCCGUAAAGCCAUAUUCUGCUAAAGGAUCGUAUGUUAAACCGAUAUUCUCGUCCGAGUCACGUACACGAUUUAAUGAAGUACACCUCGUGUGGUAGCGAGGGGCCUUCAGUUUGUGUGAGGGAUUGUGCGCAUUAUUCCAUUGCAGUCUUUUGUUCCUUGGAAUGUCUCUGAAUUCUAACAGGUCUACGAAUCCAAAUGAACCCCCAGACAAACUCUUAUUCACAUUGUAUAUGUAACAAUGGGGCCAGAUUUUAGCAAACCAAAUCACAGGAUCAUGAAGUAAUUGUUAAGACACACUAUUCACCUUAUAUCGAUAACACCACAAAGCUUUGCUUACAUAAUAUUUGGAAUUGUUACACUUGGGCAUAGUAUACCAGAUAUUCCCUAGUUACUUGAAGCUGAGUUUUAACGCCUUUUAUUUAUGUCAAAAAAGCGGAACGUCAUCAUGUGAGUCACGAUACGUGUGAAUGAUAGCGCUCUAUAUUUUUUUAGCUAUGCGUUAACGAUGUUACACUUCCACACAGUGUGUAAAAAUGAGGUAAAAUGAGGAACAAUAAAAUUGUUUCUUUCAAUGUUUGUAAUGUCCUUUAUGUCAAAAAAACAUAUAUAUGAAGUCUAUUCCCAACUGUAAAUCAGCUAUUUUAAUAGUGAUCAAAGAGUGUACAGGAAUCCUUGUUCACGGCUCUCACCAUUUCAUUUUCAUUUGCUACUCUGUAUUAAAAAAAGACUCUAUAUUAAACAGCAUGGUGAAAAUACUCCCUU